AUGAGCGCGCAUGUUGGCGUCCUGCUGAAGAGGUUUUGCGAAACUUUAAGGAUGAUAUACCUUGGAUGUUUCCUGCUGCUGUGUGGGCUUACGCAUGUCAUAGCAAGCUAUCCCAUCUGGUGGUCACUAGCAGUGGGCCACCAGUAUUCAUCAAUAGGUACCCAACCUAUCCUUUGUGCCAGCAUACCAGGUCUGGUGCCGAAGCAGCUGCGCUUCUGCAGGAACUACGUUGAGAUCAUGCCCAGUGUGGCCGAGGGGGUAAAGAUUGGCAUCCAAGAGUGUCAGCACCAGUUCAGAGGCCGGCGCUGGAACUGCACAACAGUCAAUGACAACUUGGCCAUCUUUGGGCCAGUUUUGGACAAAGCUACUCGAGAGUCUGCUUUUGUUCACGCUAUUGCCUCAGCGGGGGUUGCCUUUGCUGUGACCCGGGCUUGCGCUGAUGGCUCAGCCACCAUCUGCGGCUGCGACACACGUCACAAGGGCCCCCCUGGAGAGGGAUGGAAGUGGGGUGGCUGCAGUGAGGAUGUGGAAUUUGGAAGCAUGGUGUCCCGUGAGUUUGCAGACGCAAGGGAGAACCGCCCAGAUGCACGCUCUGCAAUGAAUCGCCACAACAAUGAGGCAGGAAGAACGUCCCUCAACGACAACAUGUUCCUGAAGUGCAAGUGCCAUGGUCUCUCAGGAAGCUGCGAAGUCAAGACAUGCUGGUGGUCACAGCCGGACUUUCGGGUCAUCGGCGACUACAUGAAGGACAAGUACGACAGUGCAUCUGAGAUGGUGGUGGAGAAACACAAGGAGUCCCGUGGUUGGGUAGAGACGCUGAGACCCAAGUACAACUACUUCAAACCACCCACAGAGCGUGAUUUGGUUUAUUAUGAAAGCUCACCCAAUUUCUGCGAUCCCAACCCAGAGACAGGCUCCUUUGGCACCCGGGAUCGCAUCUGCAACCUGACAUCCCACGGCAUAGACGGCUGUGACCUGCUGUGCUGCGGCAGGGGUCACAACACCAGAACUGAGAAGAGAAAGGAGAAGUGUCACUGUAUUUUCCACUGGUGCUGCUACGUCAGCUGUCAAGAGUGUGAGAGAGUCUAUGAUGUGCACACUUGCAAAUAGACUUGUUGAGGUUCUUAAAAAUCUGAGAAUUGUUUCACAAGUUUCUACCUGAGAAAAAUGUGUCGUGUAAACACACAAAAAUGACUGUUCAUUCUAUUCGGGGAUGCUACGCAGAGCUAGUCUCUGCCCAAAUCAGCUAAAAGUGUUGAACAUGUUUCCAUACUGAGAGCAUCCUUCAUGAACUACCAUGCUUGUAUCUACGUUUUAAAAGGUUUUCAUGUUGAAGUAAGAACAAAGGACUGCUGACGAAUUAACAAACACCAUAUUGGUGUUUCUCUUUCAUGUCAAUAGUAGCUAUUUCUAUUAAGAAUUAAACAGCAAUGCCAUUGGUACCCUUAAUGUUUAAUCAUCUUUUGAUUUUGAAAAAAACAAAAAAACAAAAAAAAAGUUUACAUUACAAGUUGCUCAACAGCAUGCAUUCCCCUCUUUGGUUUUUAUAUGUAUGUUUCUGCCAAUGGGCGAACUAACAUCAUAGUUUCAUAGUGUUAUUGAUGUUUAGGUAAGAAUGCACUUGCACCUCAGUGAAUGUAGCUAUUUGCUGUAACAUGUUUACACAUCCUCACAACCUUAAGCUAAUGUGUUUAUAUCUCUUUUAAAUGACAAACAUUAUCUGAGAGUAGCCAGAGUAGCUACAUACUGCUGAAACCAGAGCAUUUCACCCAUUAUAUGUAGUUUUAUGUAUUUUAGGAUUUUUUUUUGAGUAAGGUUUUGUGAAAUGGCCAUAAGGAGUUAAUUAUUUACCUGCAGUACACAACUCUUUUUGGCAUCUAUAUGUAGUCCAAAUUCAUAUUAGAUGCUGCAGAAAUCUAAAUUUAAUAAUCCCUCCAAAAGGGGCCAUGAAAAAGCAAACCUCUACCAUCUUAAAACAACUUCAAUUUUAAAACGCUGUUAUGGGUCUUGAAAUGCUGCAGUUUGCACCUUUAAACCAAGAAUGUCCAAAAGUUCAUGCAGUGAAUAUUUGUAGCAAGCAACGUUCUCUGAAAACCGCAAACCCAAAAAUUGUUCAAAAAAUGGCAUUGCAUAUCAAGUGAGUACAAUUCUGUUUAUCAAUAUUGUACAAAUUCCCCAAACGCAGCAAUCUCUGUUAUUGAGUAACUGUUUGGUAACAGUUCCUUGCAUCCCGUUGUCAACCUUGCAGUUAUUCUUAAUCCUGAGGAAAUAUUUUGUGACAGUGGAAAACAACAACUUUGUCUUUACAGAAUAUUAUGAAGCAUCUACAUUCUGGUCCAAAAAGAUAUUACUUUUCAGUUGUUUUAAGAUGAUAGAUGCCAAUUAUCUGUCUUGCCCCCUCUCACUUUAGCCAUUACCUGAUAAACAUGAUGCAAGAAUAAUCUACUGCAGGAAAGACAUUUAUUUUAGCCAAACUCCAACCCAAGAUAUUCUUUUAAGAAAAAGCUAUACUUUCAUAUACAACCAAGGGGAAGAAAUAUUUAUGGGACUGUCAGAGAUCUAUAGCUAAGACUGCAAGGUCAGCUGGGAAAUAUGAAGCUUUCUCUCCCUGGGUUUGACAAUAUUAGCGAAAUCUUUGAUGUGGAAAAACACUGGUAUUUGUGAAAGGGUUGUGUCCUAGUAUGUAAAAUUCAGACUUAAUUAUUGUUUUGAUUUUCAAUCAAUCAGAAGGAUACUCUCCUGCCAUUUUAGUUCAAAAAUAACAAUAAAAUGUUCAUUUAUGAGCUAUGUAAGCUCUGUUAUGCAGUAUACUUUACAGUUGUUGGAAAAUAAUGACCAAAACCUUUGUUUGUAAUGAUUCUGAGCAAUGACUUCCUGUUCCCUAAACUAAACAAUGAGCAGCAUCACUGAAGCUAUCAAUACUUCCAUAUUAUAUUGCUGCUAAGGUAACAUGAGUUCAUGUUUGUUUCAUGUUUGUUUAUUAACUUACAUAGAAUACAUCUUCAUCCAUGUGUGAUUUGUGUAUUCUUUGCAUGUACUGAUUCUUUCUGUGAAAGAAAACUGCUUAUUGUAGUUUGGUAAAAAUGUGAAAAAUGUUUUUUUAUAUAAAUUCCUGCUUAAAGUAAUUCAAAUUUAACUAAAUAGGAUAAAAUAGAGCUUGAUUUUUUUCAUUUUCAAUACUAAAUAUUGGCUUAACAAGGUGGCCAACAUGGAGGAAAAUACAAUCAUAUAGGACUGAAUUCAAAUACUCAAUAAAAAUACAUUUAAAAAUAAAUAAAUCAAAGCAAAGUAGAAUACAUAUAACACAGUGGAACAAGUUCUGGUCAUGUUGCCCCUUUAUCAAUUCAUACUUUAGUGGAUUUAAUUUUUAAUUUUUAUUUUUUUAUACCUUCUUUGUCUACAUGUACCAGUUUUGAAACUUCGAGUAAUUUUUUAUGAUCUUCUCAUAGUCUACUGUAAAGAAAUGGGGUUUUCUGAAACCAAUAAAUGUAGUAUAGCAGCAGGAGGUCACUUAAAAGUUACAUUGCUUUCAUCACAUGGCUCAAUUUGUUAUGAUCUAUUUCUAUGAUUAUUGGGCUUCAUCAUUUUUUUUUAAAUACCCAACUAUUGAGGUAAACAAACCGUUUAAUAAUGGCACAUGAAUGUGAAAUGGAAGUACGAAUUGAUAAAGGGCAAAAUAGCAUUUCACAAUUCUGUUUAAAACAAAAACAGUGCUUCAACACAUUUCAAAUAACACAACAAAAUAUCUCCUUAAUUUUUUCGAUUUGCUAAAUUUUUGGCUUGCCUGUUUAGUUAUAUAUUUAGUUCUAUUGUCUCAUUUCAUCAAAUGUAUUACCUGUUCUAAAUACAUUUUGUAAGAUGUUGUGUUUAUUUUUAAUAUUCCUAUAAGUCUAUGUUCUUUUUUUUUUAAGUUUUGUUGCAUUUUACUGUAUUUCACUUCUCAUGUCUUUUAGAAAGCAGAUUAAUAGAGACUAUCUCCUUUGAUGUAAGAAGAAAUGCAGAAUAAUAUUUAUUUAUCUGGGAUGACCUUUGAAUACCGAAAUGAAAACCGGGACACACAGCUGGGUUGUUACUGUGCCACUGAAUUUAGUCUCUCUGCUGUGGUGAAAGGUGUAAAAUCUAUAGGAAAUAAUGUUUAACACAACAUGUUUACAGUGUAAUACUACUGUUUGUCUCAGGCUUUUGUUCAGCCUGUGACCAAACUGAAAAUAUUAAUAAACUGUUAUAAUAGGUUUUACUUUUGAAUCAUUCCUAAUCAAUUACAGAGCGGCCACCAUCAGUGCAUGUUCUGAAACUGAUCAUGACAUUGAUUACCAUACACUUUGUAUGUGGGUGACUCCUGUAUGGAGGAUGUGGAUCUGUUCUAAUUUUUUGAGUCUUAAAUCCAAAGUUUUGUACAGACUAGUUCUCGGAUUUUAUGAAUUUCUAAGAUUUGAUGUUUUUUUUUAUAAUUAUUUAUUACAUGCCUUGUACAUAUUAGUGAGUAAAAGUAUAUAUUUGCAGAAAUGUGUUUUUGAAGCAGUGUUGUGACUCUGUAGCCUUUUUACCUCAUCUUUUUUUCCACUGACAGGUGUUGAUCCUGGUGCCUGUAAUAGAUUUCUAAAAGCUAACUCUGUAACAUAAAAAAUAAAAAAGACUGAACUCUGUGA